CAAUGGAUACAUGACACAGUUGUUUGGGGCGAGAAAGCCUGUACUCGCAGACCGAUCACAACAUUACCCUGCCCCGCACUACCGGCGUGUGGAGAACCGACCGACCGCGGCAAGAGACCCCCCUGUCCGCCGCCGCCGCCGCUCGCAGCGAUGGAGGCGGUCCCGCGGAUGCCCAUGAUCUGGCUGGAUCUGAAGGAGGCAGGGGAGUUUCAGCUGAGCCCGUCCGUCAGGCAGUUUAUCUUGAAGAAUUAUGGGGAGAAUCCAGACAACUACAAUGAACAACUAAAGAAGCUGGAGACACUGAGGCAGAGUGCAGUGAAUGUGACACGGGACUUUGAAGGAUGCAGUACUCUGAGGAAGUACUUUGGCCAGCUUCACUACCUCCAGAGCCGUGUGCCCAUGGGCCCAGGGCAGGAGGCCGCUGUCCCCAUCUCAUGGACAGAGAUCUUUUCUGGAAAAACUGUAACACAUGAGGACAUCAGCUAUGAGCAGGCCUGCAUUCUGUACAAUCUGGGGGCGCUCCACUCAAUGCUGGGAGCCAUGGACAACCGGGUCUCAGAGGAGGGAAUGAAGGUUUCGUGCACUCACUUUCAGUGCUCAGCUGGAGCCUUCUCUUACCUGCGUGACCACUUCAGCCACAACUACAGUGUCGACAUGAGCCACCAGAUCCUCAACCUCAACAUCAACCUCAUGCUUGGUCAGGCCCAAGAGUGUCUCCUGGAGAAGUCCAUGCUGGACAACAGGAAGAGCUUCCUGGUGGCUCGUAUCAGUGCACAGGUGGUGGAUUACUAUAAAGAGGCGUGCAGGGCCCUGGAGAACUCUGAGACCGCCUCCAUGCUGGGCAAGAUUCAAAAGGACUGGAAGAAACUGGUCCAGAUGAAGAUCUAUUACUUUGCGUCUAUUGCACAUCUCCACAUGGGGAAACAGGCGGAAGAGCAGCAAAAGUAUGGAGAGAGGCUGGCCUACCUACAGAGCUCCAUGGAUAAACUUAAUGAAGCCAUUAAGCUGGCCAAGGGUCAACCUGACAGUGUGCAGGAGGCCUUGAGAUUCACCAUGGAUGUCAUUGGUGGAAAGCAUAACUCUGCAAAAAAGGACAAUGACUUCAUCUACCAUGAGGCCGUUCCUGCUUUAGAGACUCUAGCUUCUGUCAAAGGUGCUCCUCUGGUGAAGGCUCUCCCAGUGAAUCCCACAGACCCCAGUGUCACCGGGCCGGACCUGUUUGCCAAACUGGUGCCUAUGGCUGCGCACGAGGCGUCCUCACUUUAUAGUGAGGAGAAGGCCAAGCUGCUGAGGGAUGUGAUGGCCAAGAUUGACAGCAAGAAUGGAACGCUAGAACAGUUCAUGGACUCUCUGGGCCUGGAGCCGGACUCUGUGGAUAACUUGGACAUGUACAGCCACAUCCCCCCGGUCCUGAUGGAAAAGUGUGCAGCUCUGAGCGUCCGACCUGACACAGUCAAGAGCCUCGUGCAGUCCAUGCAGAUGCUGUCUGGCGUCUUCACCGAUGUGGAGUCCUCCCUGAAGGAGAUCCGGGACGUCCUGGAGGCAGACGAGGCAGGCGAGAGGGCAGUGCAGGAGGCUGUGGGGGCUGGUGUGUCCGCUGAGCUCCACCCCCCUACACAGGCUCAGACGCUGGCAGAGAUCCGCAGGGACCUAGAGAAAUACAUGGAGGCCCACGACAAGGCCAGCUUCACCAACACAGAGCUGCACCGUGCCAUGAACCUGCACAUCCACAACCUGCGCCUCCUGGGAGGGCCCCUGGACAGUCUGAGGGAGGCCCUGCCCAGCCCACAGCUCUCUGAAGAGGAGGUUGCUGGGCUCCAGACAAUGAAACGAAUCCUGGGUAAAGUGCAAGAGAUGAGGGACCAGAGGAGCUCCUUCGAAAAGCAGCUACGAGACCUAAUCCAGCAGGAUGACAUCACCUCCACCCUGGUGACCACAGAGAGGGCAGAUAUGAAGCGGGUCUUUGAGGAGCAGCUAAAGAAAUAUGAGCAGCUCAAAGUUUACAUCGAUCAGAACUUGGCGGCUCAGGAGAACAUCCUCAAGGCCCUCACUGAAGCCAAUGUGCAGUACGCCUCUGUGCGAAAGGGCCUGAGCCAGACGGAGCAGCAAUGGAACAGCACUGUGCAGGGGCUGGUGGGCUCCUACGAGGCUUAUGAAGAUCUGAUGAAGAAGUCCCAGGAGGGUAAGGACUUCUAUGAAGACCUGGAGGCCAAAGCCUCUCGUCUUCUGGAGAGGGCUAAGGCUCUCUGUCAGACCAGAGCAGAGGAGAGGAAGCCUGUUCUGGACAGAGACCAGAAGAAGCCCCCUGCCCGGCCCACAGCAGCCAAGCCAUCGCUUCAGCCUAAGGCCCCUGACGUAGACUCGGCCUGCUCCAGUCUGGAGGACGCAGAGCUGGCUCAGCUCAGUGCAGCCAUUUUGGCUCUAGGGGGCGACCUCCCUGAAGAACUGCGAAGUCUGCCACCGGACAUGAGCGCUCUGGCCCCUGGAGCUCCUCGUGUGCCCGGUCCUGAGGCCUUCCUGCCCCCUGGCACUAGCACUUCUUUGCCCUGGCCUGGAGCUCCCCCUGCUGCUUUGCCCCGCUUCCCUGCCAAUCUGCCCCCUCCAGAGCUCCUUGCCCGUAUUGCACAGUUUCCCACAUCUGGCUCUCUACCUGGUACCCAGGGCCCCCUCCCACACAGACCUGUACCUCAGAUGGCCCUGCACAUGCGCCCACAAAUCCCCCCUCCCCAGAUGCCUCGUCCACAAAUGCCCCAUCCUCAAAUGCCCCCUUCACACAUGACCUCUCCACAAAUGCCCCCACAGGCUGCAGUUCCCAGGUACCCUGGACCCUCUCCCCAAGGUCCCCCCUCUGCGACAGUGGUGCCCACACCAGUGCGGCCCUCCACAACCACAGUGAACACUAUCCAAACUCCAAUUCCAAGCUACGCCCCCACACCUCGCCCCCCUCCAGUCUCCACAGGCUACACCAUGCCCCCUCACAUAGGGGGGUACCCACAGUACCCCUCCGUGUCCCAGCCAGGGCUGCCCAUGCAAGCCCCUGGACAAGCACCUGCAGUACCACAGCAGCAACAGCAACAACCAAAGCAGUUCCCCCAGGCUCAGGCAUACCCUGCCCCCCACCCCACUGUACAGGCUCCCCAGCCCUACCCUCAUGGGUACAUGCCCCCACAGCCCCGUAUGCCCCCACACUAUCAACAGACAUUUACCCCUCAACAGAAUGGGUAUCCACCCCAAGGCUACCCUACCCCACAGGGGUAUAUGCCCCAACAGGCUGCACAUAUGAUGCCAAGACCCGGUCACACCCCUCCAAUGCCCGCCCAGGUACCCCCUCCACAAAUCCCCCCCACAUCACAGCCAGCCCCUCCCACAUCUCAGCACUACAUGCACCACCCUAAUCAACACAUGGCUCCAGGACCCCCAGCCCCACAUAUGCUCCCCCAACAGCAGCAUAUGGGCCCACAUGUGCCCCCCCAUGCCCAAAUGCAGAUGCCCCCUGGCCCAAAUGUACCCCCCACGAGCCAAGCAAUGCCCCCAGUCUCUCAGAACUACAUGCCCCCCGUCAGCCAGCCGCUCCACCCCUCACUACGCCCACAGCUACCCCCACAGCUCCCUCCUGUGUCCCAGGCUCACAUGGUCCCAGGUCCUCAGAUGCAUGUGCCCAGGGGUCCCGUUCCCCACAUGCCCCCAGUGCAGCCACCCCCACCGGGCCACAGCGGGGUAUAUCCUGGAGCACCACCAGUCAUGCCCCAACAACCUUUAGCACCACAACCUGCCCCUCCCCAACAACCGGUUCUUCCGAUGGGCCACCCCCCUGCUCCGACCAUGUACCCUCCCGGCAUGUGCAACAGCGGACCCUCACCUGCCCCUCAGCCUUCCCCUGCUCUUCCCCCAACGCACAUUCCACCUGUCCAACACAUGAUCCAACCCACACCGGGAGCUCCCCCAGUACCACCCAACGCACUGUGCCCUUCUCCAUCACCGUCUCCUUCCCCAGCUCCCCCUUCCCCUGCCCCUCUGGCUAUCACUCCUCAGCCUAGACCCCCCACCACCCCGGGCACUACCCCCAACCCCACCCUGCCCUCUCCCUCUACGGUCUCGCCCUCCACUUCGCUCUUUCAACGGCAAAACUCCAGCACGGACGACCUCCUCUCCUCCAGUCCUGAAAGCCAACACGGAGGUACCAAGACGCCCACCAACGUCCUGCAGCCUACCAAAGCGGAUCCCCAAGAUGGAGAACGGCGCAAGAAGAACUCUCAGGGGGUCCUCGUCAUCCAGGGAGACCCCUACCAAGCUCCCGAAAGAGUGUCUCGCCUUUACAACGAACUAGAACGCUUCAGGUCCCAGGUGGACUCUCUGGAGCUGCCGUCGGACAAUGAGGGGGGCAUGUCUGUGCUGGAUGCUCGGUGGAAGGAGCUCCAGGAGCAGCAAGAGAAGGAUGCGAGGCAGCUGUCCAUUGCCAUUGCGCGCUGCUACACCAUGAAGAACCGCCACCAGGAUGUGAUGCCCUAUGACGUCAACAGGGUGGUGCUCCAGUCGGGCAAGGAUGACUACAUCAAUGCCAGCCUGGUGGAAGAGCUGUCGCCGUACUGCCCCCGGAUCAUUGCCACUCAGGCCCCUCUGACGGGCACCGCGGCAGAUUUCUGGCUCAUGGUGUAUGAGCAGAAGGUGUCACUCAUAGUCAUGCUGGUGUCUGAGCAGGAGCUGGAAAAGGGAAAAGUCCUGCAUUACUUCCCAAUGGAACGUAAGCAGCAGUUGUCCCAGGGCCCCAUCACCUUGAGCCUGACUACGGUGAAGAGCAUGCCCACCCACACAGAGCGUAUGAUCAGUCUGCAGUACCGCGAGCAAAGCCUCAAGAGGACUGUGGUACACCUGCAGUUCACCUCCUGGCCACAACUGGGUCUUCCUGACAGUAAGAGUAACUUGCUACGCUUCAUCCAGGAGGUCCACGGACACUAUCUGCACCAGAGGCCCUUACACAAUCCUGUUGUGGUGCACUGCAGCUCUGGCGUUGGUCGCACCGGAGCCUUCUGUCUCCUGUACGCUGCAGUGCAGGAGCUGGAGGCCGGCAACGGCAUCCCCGACCUGCCUCUGCUUGUGAAGAAGAUGAGACAGCAGAGGAAGAACAUGCUGCAGGAGAAGUUGCACUUGAAGUUCUGCUAUGAAGCGGUUCUGAAGCACGCUGAGCAGGUUCUCCAGCGCCACGGCAUCACUACUGCCACCUGCAGCAAGACCAACAACACAGCAGCUGCCAAGUCGUAUUCCAGACAGGAGUCUCAGCAGGACAUCGUGAUGGGGGGAGACCUGCCCAUCAGCUCCAUUCAGGCCACAAUCGCCAAGUUGAGUGUCCGGCCUCCGAGCGCCACCGACCCCUCCAUGGACCCAGAGGAGCGGGCCCCUUCCCCCCCAACCUACCCCAACCUAGACUGCUCCCCUCCAGACCUCAUCCCUCCCCUGUCCACCCCCACCAUGUCCCCCACCAAAGCCCCCUCCUCACCCUCACAUCCCAACAACAAUAACGGGCUGGAAUCACCAGAACCAGAGCCAGAGCACAGCGGCAGUCCACCCCCCGUCGAAGAAGCCCCAGUCCCAGCUCCAUCCUCCCUGGAGCUCCUGGCCUCCCUGGCUCCAGAGGCAUUCUCCAUGGAGGGCGGGGGGAAGGGGAAGCAGAGAGUGACCAAACAGAGCUUCCUGCAGCCGGCGGAGGGGCAGGGGCUGCAUGGGACCAGAGCCAAGGAGGAAGGGGACCCAUUGAGUAGCCUGGACCCCCUCUGGAGUCUGAACAAGCACUAAAGCCAGAGUGCAGACAGCUAAAGAGGGGUGGGCUAUGGCCAAUGAUAAAAAUACACAGUAAGACACUACACUUGGAUAAAAAACAUGAGGAACAAAUACUUAAAAUCACAAUAUUAAACUUGAUUUUAAAGUUUUCAUAAAUUUCUAUUUAUUGACAUUCUAGGCCAAUGGAAAAUUUAAAGAGGGGGUAUUAUGAAAAAUGUACUUUUUGGAGCUUUCUGCCAUGUUAUAAUGUUCCUUCAUCAAAAACAUGAAGUGGUUUGAUUCAUCUAGCAAUUUCUCCUGGGCCCCAUUUGAACCCUCCUUACGGUUGGCUGUAAAAGUCUGGUUAAAGCUCAGCCUACCUCACCCGUGCUCCCACAUGACCAUUUUUUAUAAAACAAAAACAAACCUGAUGCGAUGUGCAGUCAUUUCAUUAGUGAAAUCCACACCAAUAGUGUUGUGAUAGCGCUAUGUAAGGAGAGUCACGAAAAAACGAAACUGAAACUAAAUAAACAUUUAUAUGUUGUUCUUGGCAAAUAAAGCAUUUUCAAAAGGUGAUGGUGAAAUAUGUGUUAGCAGUUAAAACCCCAUAGAAGUGUAAUACCCCCACUUUAAUUUCUCUGAUUUUGCAGUUUUCAAGUACUAUUGCAAAUAGAUUUCAGAUUUAUUUAUUAAAAUCUAAAUUCCAACCGCUAAGCCAGGACACAAGUUGCAUAUAUUUACAGAACACAACAACAAUCAACACUGAAAUCGAGAUAAAUAUUCUUAAUCUUCAAUCUGAAUUCUAGUUAUAUUUUGACUAAUUUUGUUUUGCCAAGAGAACAAUUUCAUCCGUUAUUAGUAAGAAUGGAGGUGUCAUUUAAAAAUUUGGUUGCUGGAAGAGUUGCGCUGUGUAGUUGGAUGCAGUUUGGGUGCCUUAUGUUUUAUUAAAAAAUCCAAAUUUAAGCACAUAUUUCACUCCUUUCCAUAGUUGGUUUCUGUCACUUUGCUAAUUAUUUCAGAAUUCUGUGAUUAUUAACUUGUUUAGCAUCUUGCUAUGUGGAUGUUAGCUGCAGCGUUGGCCACAUACAGACUGUACAAGGCAAGAAGGGGAAUCUUUAGUUUAACAUUUAAAUUAUACAUUAGCCCUUUUCUAUGCGCUUAAUCAAGUUGUCACGUUGUUAUUGAGUCUUUUUUUCUCAGUUAACAUACUGGCUUUAAACUGUGCUUUUUUUUUUAAAACAUUGAAAGCUUGGUGGUCUGUGUAUGUCUCCUAACUGUUAGCCUUGUGAUUAACUGAUAAAUAAAUAAUAUUUUGAUACAAAGUAUUGAAAAUUCUUUUAUUUCAUUCAGAUCUACUUUAAGUUUGGAUGACACAACUUCUUUUUAGUACUUAACUGGAAUAUUAUUUGGGGUUUGUUUAAUUCACACUGGCUAAAACG